GUACCGCAACCCGCUAGAGCAAGGGAUAUCGUACGAGGAUAUGUACAUGCCAACCUUGGAUGGCAUCAAGAUCCACGGCUGGCUGCUCAAGAGUCCUGAAGCAUCUAAGGUGCCGACGCUAGUUUAUUUUCACGGGAACGCCGGUAACAUCGGGUUCAGGCUCGUCAACGCGCGCCAGAUGCAGCUCGCCAUCGGCUGCAACGUGCUCAUGGUCGACUACCGAGGUUACGGGAAGAGCGAAGGCACGCCGACGGAGGAAGGGCUUGUGCUGGACGUAGAGGCCAGCCUUCGGGCCUUGAGAGAGAGCCCCAAGUCGGGGGUGCACCCAGACAAGAUUAUCUUGUUCGGCCGCUCUCUUGGCGGAGCUGUGGCCCUCGCCGGCGCCGACCGAUAUCCUGACCUGGUGCGAGCAGUCAUCGUUGAGAACACCUUUAUUAGCGUUUCUCACAUGGUGGACAAGCUGAUGCCCAUGCUGUCGGGCAUCAAGUGGCUAGUGCUGCGGCUUAGGUGGGACAACGAGGAGAAGGCAAGGCGGCUCACCAGGCCGGUCCUGUACAUAUCUGGUCUUAAGGACGAGCUCAUCCCUCCCUGGCACAUGCGAGCUCUCUACAACGCCUCUCCCGAGAGGUCGGGCGGGGGCAAGCGGAUCUUGAUGGUCGAGGACGGCGGGCACAACGACACGUGGGAGAGGGGAGGGUCGGAGUACCUUCAGGCGCUGCGGUCCUUCGUGGAGGAGGUAUUCGCCGGAAAGACGGUGGAGAUGACGCCGAGCGUUAGCGUUGCACAACCCUCGAAGGCGGUGAGCACAAGCGGGGACGAUUCUUGUGAAGUUCCGGUCGGAGGCAGUGCGGACGGGUUGGAAAAGGAAGCGGUGGCGUCGUCAUAACGGGGGGGGCGCGAGUCAGCAGAGUUUUAUUUACAAAGCGCGGGCGGGGGGNCAAUUUUUGGCGCUCGAUAAAAACGAAGUGUAAUGAGGUGUGUCGCCUGCUGGUGUGUGCUCGGUGUUGAGAAACUACACGUGCGUGUGUUGCCAUAUCCUAUCAAGGAAUGGUGAUGCAAGUGGCAUGUGCUGGUACGAAUAUUGGGCAAGCACAGCAGCUGAACCUGCAUGCUUGCGUUGGGCCGCAAAGUGCCUUCUCUGCUCCUCCCGUUGGCAUGUUGGGAACACGCUGCACGCCUUUCCUCCUUCACUUGCUUGGUGUGCUGGCCUUUUGCCGAUCCUCGGCCUCGUCGUCCGAUUUAUCCUGGUACGUGUGAUGUGUGUGUGUGUGUGUGUUGUGCGUGGGGGGGUGUUGUCGCUUGUUUGUUUUGUUGCUGGUCGAAGAUCACUCCUCCACGGUGGACACCCCGACGCGUGUUUACAGUUACGGGUGACGCGUUAAGAAAGGCUAUCGACCUGCCUUUCUUUGUCGUUUCGCGUGUGUGUGCUGUACUACCACCACUACUGCUGCUUAUUUCUUCGCAGCAGUGUCUACCUUGAACCCCACCCAGAGAUUUCGGCUCUGAUCUGUCCGCUCCACCCCCCAACGGCCUUUGGAUUUCUUCUUGGUGCGGUGCUUGCCUUUCCUCCGUGUCUCCAGCAAGAAGCGGUUCUGCUGCGUUCAUGAAGUUUGGCUGAUGCGAGAGAAACGGUGCCCGCAAUUUCCUUGAGGUCAAUUCUUUUGAGAGGAGGGUUGGUUAUGAUUAGUGGGAUACCCCAGGUCGUGUGGCGAUGUCACCAUCCAGAGCGAGCGGCGGUCGCGUCAUUUUUCGGGAUUAAUUAAAGAUUGAAAGUUGAAGAAUGGCCGGUUGUUGUCUGUAACAUGCUUGUUUUUUAUCGUGUGGUUGUGCGUGCUUUUUCAUGUGUGGUGUUGAAACUACAGGUCUCGCUCGCAAUGGGGCGCUCUAGUUGCCCUUGUUCUUUUUGCCUGACGAUUGCAUCGGAGCACUUAUAUUGUUGGUGGUUGUGAUGGAGGUGACGGGGAAUGACGCUGGAUGUUCUUUUCUUCAUUGUCUGACGGUUGAAUCGGAGUACUAUUGGUUGUGAUGGAGGUGAGGGGGACUCACGCUCUAGUUGCCCUUGCCUUUGUUGCCUGACGAUUGGGCUACAUCUGCUCUUCUUUUAUGGUUGAGGUGGAGGGACUGAGACUGCCGCAAUGAAAUGCGGUGCCGUGCGGUGUGAUUUUGUGCGAUUUGCGUGUAGUCGACAGCUACUCGAAUAAAAGGCCCGAUACUCGUGCACUGAGCACCCGCUCAAUCACGAGAAUCCACACAAAAGCCUCGGCCUGACCAUCUUGUCCGAGAUGAAGGUCGAGCGUAUAGCCCACGGUCACAAAAGGAGUUGUCCUGUGUGUUGUAGCAAUUGGGUGCUUCACGGGCCCCACACACUUUUGCAUCUUCGGUUUUCCAAGAUAUCUGCUCGAAUUUUUGGUGGCCAUCUUGGUUGUGGGAAGGCGGGUGGAUGCUGUGUGCCCGUCCCACGCCAUCCAUUCCCCUUCCUUGCCUUGUCCCACUCAACAGUACACGGUGCGAAUCCCCUUUUGAUGGUGGAUGGGAUGACGUGUGUGCGUGCGAGUCUCGACACGGCGCAACAAGGAGGGGGAGGUACUCGUAGUUGUUCAUGCCGUACUAGUGGUUAGACCUUUGAUCUCGCAUCCCUACGAAGCC